AGAUAGAGAGAGAGAGAAACAACAAACAAACCACACUCCCCCUUUCACGUCUGUUUCUAGAGAGAGAGAGAGAAAACCCAAUACGAUUUUAAGGGUUUUAUAUAUAUAUACAUACAGCAAUCAAUCAUUCAGCUGAUGGUGUAUGACUGGAAAUUAUGAAUGUUGGAUCGAUGAGAAAAUCAUUCAAGGAUUCUCUCAAAGUUCUUGAAGCAGAUAUUCAACAUGCUAAUACCCUAGCGUCGGAUUUACGAAGGGAGUACGAUGGGGGAAGCGUGCAAAUGCGGAUGUCAUACAGCUGUGCUGCCCAGUUUUUGCUUUUCUUCGUUCAAUGGUCGGAUUGCCAUCUUGCCGGUGCCCUCGGAUUGUUAAGGAUCCUGAUUUACAAGGUUUAUGUCGAUGGCACCACGACGAUGUCCACAAACGAAAGAAAAGCGAGCAUUAGAGAAUUCUACGGUACUAUAUAUCCGUCUCUAAUGCAACUUCAAAGCGGAGUCAGCAAUUCAGAAGAUAGAAAGCAAAAGAAGAUAUGUAUCGAACGGUACGCGAAACGGGAAGACGAUGACGACGAAAGUCGGUGUUUGGAUCUCAAUAUAGAAUCGGAAGAAGAAUGCGGUAUUUGCAUGGAAGCUAAUGACAAACUCGUAUUACCGAAAUGUAGCCACGCGAUGUGCUCCAAUUGCUAUAACGACUGGCGAACAAGAUCAUUAUCGUGUCCAUUUUGCCGUGUUAGCCUAAAGAGAAUCGACCCCGAUGAGUUGUGGGUGUACGUCGACAAGAAAGAAGCAAUCGACAUGGCCACAAUAACACGGGAAAAUCUUAAACGGUUCUUCAUGUACGUCGACAAGCUCCCGCUUGUGACUUCUGACUCGCUUUUUAACGCCUACGAGUCUCAUUUAAGGUAGAAAGUAGUGUUUUCACGGAAAACAUUGUCUCUAUCCUCUGGGCUAGAGACAAAGUCUGUAUACAUCCGACCCCCAUAUCCUAUUUCUGUGUUGGAUAUAUUGUGUUCGUUUGGUUUGGUUUGAUUCAGUAAUAGUGUCUCCGUCGUAGUCACACUCCCUCGAAAGAUCGAAAAAUAGUAUGGGUUCGUUUCUUACUUCGUGUAUUUAUAAAGUAAGUUUACGACGACGAGCGGACAUUAUCGACAGAUUCACUGCUUUUUUCAUAGUAAUCUCGUGUAUCUUCCUCGACAUAAAGUAAUCCGUCACAUUGGUCGU